AUAAUACGUUAGACCAAGGUGCAUUCAGUAACCACUUGACUUCCGUGUGUGUUCCCCGACAUGGUCUCCAGCUCCGGUCUCACACUUUUGCCGCUGAUCGGCUGCUUCCUUGGCGGACUCGCAUUGCCGUUGAGCCCGGACCUGCGCCUCGGUCGCAUUGUUGGCGGUGAUAGCCUGCCUAUACACAAUGCACCCUGGCAGGUCUCCAUACAGCUAAGCGCGCAACACAUUUGCGGCGGCGUCAUCUACAGCAAGGACAUAAUCAUUACAGCGGCCCACUGUGUGGAGCAGAAAUCCGUAACGCUGCUGCAGGUGCGUGUGGGUGCCAAUCAACACAAUUCGGGCGGCUCGCUUUACCCAAUCGCCAGCUACAAGGUCCACGAGUCAUACGAUGACCAACUGCUGCACUACGACAUUGCGCUUCUGCGGCUGGCCACGCAGCUCAACUACAGUCUGUCGGUCAAGGCGAUUGCCUUGGCAAGCUCGAGUCCCGCAGCGGGCAGCAGCGUCUCCGUCAGUGGCUGGGGCUACACCGGACAGAAUGGAUCCACUAGCUUCGCCAGCAGCCUGCAGUUGGUGCAGCUGCUGGUCAUUGAUCGAGCCGAAUGCGCAUCCGCCAAAUACGGCUAUGGCUGGGAUUUUGUGGGCGUUGAAAUGAUUUGUGCAUCAGCUGCCGAUAAAGAUGCUUGCACUGGCGACUCAGGCGGUCCCAUGGUGUCCCAAGGAUUGCUGGCAGGCAUCGUGAGCUGGGGCUACGGUUGUGCGCAGACGAAUUAUCCGGGCGUUUACGUUGAUGUGGCUGUGCUGAGGCACUGGAUAGUUAAGACCGCAAAUGAUUUGUGAAAUCAAUAACUAAAAGUCAGUCAAUUAAAAUAAAUCACUCCUACUUAAGCAAUAA